UGCGUCCUCCUCCUCCUCAGCAUCCUCCUCUUGUCUCUUGUCUCCGCCCUCCUUGCCGCUCGCUUCACGCUGUGAGGAUUUAAGCGGGCCCGCCGGAAUGGUGAGGGCUUUCUGAGACUGACAGAUUUCAAAACUUGACGGGUUUCGGGUUUCGCAGAGAUGAACUCUGAAGUGGAUUACGGAGGCUCAGGGAGCAGCGGCAACGGGAAGCUGCGCCAGUGGCUCAUCGAGCAGGUCGACUGCGGGAAGUAUCCCGGCCUGGUGUGGGAGAACGACGAGAAGACCAUCUUUAGGAUACCGUGGAAACAUGCCGGGAAGCAGGACUACAACAGGGAUGAGGAUGCCGCGCUUUUCAAGGCAUGGGCGCUGUUCAAGGGCAAGUUUCGGGAGGGGAUCGACAAGCCGGACCCUCCGACCUGGAAGACGCGCCUGCGCUGCGCUCUCAACAAGAGCAACGACUUCGAGGAGCUGGUAGAGAGAAGCCAGCUGGACAUCUCUGAUCCAUACAAAGUGUACCGCAUCAUCCCGGAGGGCGCAAAGAAAAGGCCCAGACAAGAGGACAGUCCCCUGAGCCCAGUGAGCUAUCAGAUGCACCACCCCUACCCCACAGUACCCACUCAGAUGACACAGUACAUGCCGAGUCCUGAAUGCAGCUGGAGGGAUUACUGCCCGGAGCAGCCGCCCCUGCCCGAGCUGUCCUUCACUCAGUGCCCCUGUCCCCCCCGCAGCCUGGCAUGGCAGAGCCCAUCCAUGGAGAAUGGAUACCAGCUCAGAGCUUCCAUUUACUCCUACGGUCCCACAGACAGUCAGCCCUCGCCCUUCCCACUGGAUGCCAGCAUCAGAUCAGCAGAGGCACUUUCAGACUUCCGCCUCCAUGUGUCGAUAUACGUACGGGACAGUCUGGUGAGAGAGGUGACCACCUCCAGUCCGGAGGGCUGCCACAUCACCCCAAGCCCCCAAGAGAAGUCCUACAUGUCGGCAGGCGGUCCAGAUGUGGUGGCGCUGCCCGUGGACACCCUCUCGGCCCAGAGGAGGGCAGACGAGUGUCCGCCGAGUCCGCCGUCGGGCCUGGAAAGUGGGGUCUUGCUGUGGAUGGGCGCCGACGGACUCUAUGCCCGCAGACUGUGUCAGAGUAGGGUGUACUGGCAAGGCGGCCCUUCUCCAUAUGGUGACAAGCCCAACAAGCUGGAGAGAGAGAUCAUCUCUAAACUUCUUCAUACACCGGACUACCUUACAGAGAUCCAGAAUUACGGGCUCCAUGGUCGGCCGCCAAGUCGCUUUCAGGUCCUGCUUAGUUUCGGAGAUGAAUGUCUGGAUCCUCAGAGACAAAGGCGAACCCUUACAGUCCAGGUGGAACCGCUAUUUGCAAGGCAGUUCCUGUACUACGCCCAGCAGACAGGCAGCCACUACUACCGCGGCUACGAGCAUCCCGCAGUUACGGAGCAUAUACCCGCCAAUGAGGACUAUCCAAGAGCUGUCACGCAUCACCACAGCAGCAGCCUGCAGGAGUGAACCAUGAGCGGUUUGAGUGACUGUGAAAAACAUCAUAAAGCAACCAAAGCAUUUAAAAAAAAUGGCCACAAAAUCUCAGGGACAACAAUCAAACAUGAACAACAUUGUACAUAAACUGAAUACUUAGUUAGCAACUGUUUACCCUGUUGUCAAUGAUGUGUAUUUACAUGUGAGUUAAUAUUUGUUGGUGUGAUAAAACCACAAAUUACUGCGAUGUUUUAUUUUAACCACGCAAUAUUAAUUUCAGGGAUUUGAAACUGACAGCGGAGGUGAUUGUACUGAAGAGAAAUGAAAAAAGACUUGUGCCUUAAAAGAAAAGUGCAAAACACACUUUUUAUUUGAGAUAACAAGUCCAUCCUGUGAUUCAGGGUGUGGCUAAUACUUGGUUAGCUUAGCUUAGCUGAGUUUAGCUUAGCUUAGCUUAGCUUAGCCUAGUUUAGCUAAGCGUAAAACUGGAACCAAAAAUGGCUAGCCUAACUCCAUCUUAAUCCUGCAAAAUCCACCAAAGAGCCAAAUGUUUUACCGUCAAGUCAGAAACAAAAGUAAAAUUAGAUAUAAUUACAGAAGUAAAACCCAGUAGAACCCAACAAGAUUUUAAAUGUAAAUUUUUAAGCCUUAAACCAGUUGAGAGGCUUUUUUAGUGAAUACAAAAGGCCAGAUUUGCUAUUUUGCAAGAGUAAGCAUACUGGCUCUAAUUUUGUAUUUAAUUUACAUAAAAAUCAUACAUUCUGUCUGUACAUCUAAGUAUUGGCGAGGAUAAGAAUCUUUGAGUUUUUUUUUAUUUAACAGACCUCUUGUAAAUAGGAAUUUUUGGUACAUAUAAAUAUAUAUAUUUGCUAUAGUAGACACUAUUACUAUUGUUUGUAUGAGAAACUCAGGGAGCUGAAUGUAAAUAAGCUUCUUAACUUGUUUUUUUUUUAUCACAAAUGUCUCACAUCUGAAAGAAGAAUGGGUUAAUCUGAAUGUCUUUUGUCUUUAAGGAUAAUUCGUUUGUAAAAAAAAAGGGCAAUAAAAAAACCAAAAAAAAAACAA